CCAGCCGGGCCAGUUCUGCCGCCCAUUGCCUCCGCCAGACAUGACACAAGACUACGACAAUAAAAGACCCGUGUUGGUUCUUCAGAAUGACUCUCUCUACUCCCAGAGACGUCCUUACACUAGUGAAGAUGAGGCCUGGAAAACCUUUCUUGAAAAUCCCCUUACAGCAGCUACCAAAGCUAUGAUGAGCAUCAAUGGUGAUGAAGACAGCGCAGCUGCCCUCGGACUGCUGUAUGAUUACUACAAGGUUCCAAGGGAGAGGAGAUCUUCAACAGCUAAACCAGAGGUAGAACAUCCUGACCAAGACCAUAGCAAAAGGAACAGCAUCCCAAAUGUGACAGAACAGUCGCUCAUUUCUGCUGGAGAAAACAGAGUCCAGGUUCUUAAAAAUGUGCCUUUCAAUAUUGUCCUUCCACACACGCCCCAGAUGGGCAUGGACAAGAGAGGCCACCUUACAACCCCUGACACAACAGUCACUGUUUCAAUUGCCACGAUGCCCACCCAUUCCAUCAAAACGGAGACGCAGCCCCAUGGCUUUGCAGUGGGCAUCCCACCAAGCGUCUACCACCCCGAGCCCCCCGAGCGGGUGGUGGUCUUCGACAGGAACCUCAACCCCGACCAGUUCACUUCCAACACCCAGCCUCAGAAUUCCCAGAGGCGAACGCCAGACUCCACCUUCUCAGAGACUUUCAAGGAAGGCGUGCAAGAGGUUUUCUUUCCUACUGAACUGAAUCUCCGGAUGGCCAACAUGAAUUCAGAAGACUAUGUGUUUGACAGCAUUUCUGGGAAUAACUUUGAAUACACUCUGGAAGCCUCCAAGUCUCUACGACAGAAGCCUGGGGACAGCACGAUGACUUACCUGAAUAAAGGUCAAUUUUACCCGAUCACGCUGAAAGAAGUCAGCAGCAGUGAAGGAAUCCAUCACCCCAUCAGUAAAGUCCGAAGUGUCAUCAUGGUUGUGUUUGCUGAAGACAAAACAAGGGAAGAUCAGCUCAGGCACUGGAAAUACUGGCACUCAAGACAGCACACGGCCAAACAAAGAUGCAUUGACAUAGCUGACUACAAGGAGAGUUUCAACACCAUCAGUAACAUUGAGGAGAUCGCGUACAAUGCCAUAUCCUUCACUUGGGACAUCAACGAGGAAGCAAAGGUUUUCAUUUCUGUGAACUGCCUCAGCACAGAUUUCUCCUCUCAGAAGGGAGUUAAAGGCCUGCCCCUGAAUCUUCAGAUCGACACCUACAGCUAUAAUAACAGGAGUAACAAACCUGUCCACAGAGCCUACUGCCAGAUUAAAGUCUUCUGCGACAAGGGAGCAGAAAGGAAGAUCAGGGAUGAAGAGCGAAAGCAAAGCAAAAGAAAAGGCAAGUGCACUGACCCCAGCUCUCAGUUGAAUGCCUUUUCUGAUGUCAAAGUGCCAAUGCUUCCCUCACACAAACGUACGGACAUCACCAUCUUCAAGCCCUUCAUGGAUCUAGACACUCAGCCAGUCCUUUUCAUUCCUGAUGUUCACUUUGCAAAUCUUCAGCGUGGUGCUCACGUCCUUCCUGUUGCUUCAGAGGAACUGGAGGGUGAAAGUUUUUGCCCUGUCAAUGACAGCUCCAACCUGAAGAGAGGAGCCUAUAUCGGUGAAGAGGACUUCAUUGCUACUCCGAAUAAGAUGACUAGAAUAGAAGAGCCAAAAAGAGUGUUGCUGUAUGUCCGAAAAGAGUCAGAGGAAGUCUUUGAUGCACUAAUGUUAAAGACACCAUCUCUGAAAGGUCUAAUGGAAGCGAUAUCUGACAAGUAUGACGUUCCUUUUGAUAAAAUAGGAAAAAUCUUCAAAAAAUGUAAAAAAGGAAUUCUGGUCAACAUGGAUGAUAACAUCGUGAAACACUAUUCUAAUGAAGAUACCUUCCAGUUGCAGAUUGAAGAAGUUGGAGGAUCUUACAAGCUCACUCUGACUGAGAUCUAAAAUCAUGGAUCCUCUGUGGAUUUUAAACAAAGGUCUCAAGUGAACAUUUUCCCAUAAUUUAGUAUGUUGGGCAAAACACUAAUCACCUUCUCCAGAAGAAAGCCAGGUGUUGACUUGUUCUGGGGAGCAGAGCAGCAGUUUUGCUUAAUACAUUUGUUUCCGUUCUUUCCAAAGAACGUUGUAAUGCUCAUGACCUUAUUUGCACUUGAAAUGAGCGAGCAAAGAUCAGCGAUUAAAUAGAGAGCGUGUAUAAAACACUAGUAAAUACGGGAGGGGAAAACUCCUGGAAGGUGGCCUUUUAGAGUGGUGAUAGAGAAUAUUUAUCUAUUCAGUAACCGUGUUUGAGCCUGUUAUCAGCUAAUACCAUUUUAUUGGGCUGUUUUCUGCUAGGUAGAGUUGCAAAACUACUAAUUGAUACUAGUAGGAAUUGCGUGCAGGUUGGAGAAAAGUCUUUAUAAUGUUUACUCUUGAACAGGGCAGACUGUGGAAAUCUCUUGUGUCAUUUGGGGGGGAAUGUAAAACUGCCUUGCUUAUGAAGAACUCGCCUUAGUAACUGUGUGAACUCUCAUCAGAUGAAGCUAUAUUGUAUAUAAGUGCAAUAUAUUUUUGAAGGUUUGUAAAUGUGUACAUACAAGUGAUAUAUAAUAUAUAUAAAAUAUGGUGUUCUGUAUAUACCGUGAAUAUAUGCAAUGAAGCCCAUCUAAAAGGAUGCCAUAUACAGAAAAAACAGAUAUUUAACAUAGCUAUUUAAGAACAGACAAACCCUUAACAUGCACCAAAGGUGAGCACACGUUUGUAUGUUCAUAGAAGGCACAAGAGACCUGCUUGUUCAACAUGGAUCUUCCUGUGUGGAGGGAAAAAGGUACCGGCUCUCUCCUAAACCCUCUUGCACAGCCAGGCGACGGCAGUCCUGGCUUCUGUUACAAACUGCCACUUUGAGCCCUGAAACGGCUGCGUACUGCUGCCCUGGGAGGUAAUCUGGGCUGAAUCUGAGAGCUGGGUCCCAAGAGGAGGUGAGCAGAUGCAGUUUCCUUGAAAUCUCACCUCUGGUGGUCAGAAAGAAGGUCUCCUGGAGGGUGGACUUUUUUUCUGUAGCAGUGUACUUAAGGCUCAGCUGGAUGCUGCCGGUAACAGCAGCUCGGGCUGGAUGAACUUGCCAGCUUGCAAGGUCCUAGGAUGUCGACAACUGGAAGUGCACAGGCAAGGCUUUUGAGAGAGGAAGGUGGCAUCCUGGCACAGCAGGCCAAGCAUUAGUGGGGACUAGGGGCUGCAAGCAGGUUAAGCGUUCCUGGUGUAUGUAUGUCGCCAGGCAUUGACCCGCUGCUGAGGUGGAGAGACCAAACGGGCAGCUGGUAGCAGGUGUCCUGAGCCUAGCCCCAGCUGGGAGUACCAAACACCUCCAAAAAAUACUGCUCUGCAGUAGACUGUACAGUAUUUACUCAUCAUGUGCAUGUGCUUAUGAAGGAAAGGCACCCUCUGGUUAGUAGCAAGUGAGAGAGGAACAUUUAAACAGCAGCACUUUGCUCUAAGGCAAAAACCUGCAUUACAGGGUGAGCAGAUGAGCACGAGUACCAGGUCCAGUGUCACUUAGUGCUUUUGUUAGGGAUCUGGAUAAUGAAAGAGAGGUUUAUAAUGUUUUCAGACGGCACAAAGCUGGGAAGAGCUGCAUGUGCCUCACCUAGGAUGUGAAGGUCAAUCUGGAUAGGCUGGAGAAAUAGUCUGGAAAAGUAGGAUAUGAUCCUACUUAAUGGUUAACGAUUCUACUUAACGGUUAACGAAUCGUAACCAAAUGUUGUUCAGCUGUGUCAUGCUGCUGUUUGGAAGAGGGAGGCAAAUGCAAUGUUGAGUUGAUAAACAGGAGCAUGGCCUGCAAGACAUAGGAGACCUGCCUUUUGCUCUACUUGGCAUCGCUGAGGCCUCCGGUGGAGCGCUGUGCCCUUCCAGCAGAGGCUGGUCCUAUCAGAUGUCCCAGAGAGGCCAGACCGCCUGGUCCUUCAGCCAGAGCUCAUGGCUUCUGAGGAGGAAGGGCUGGAUGAGUUGCCUGAUGAGGGGUCAUCUUCAGAAGGGAAGGUUGAGGGGAGCAGCGUCCCGACACGUGCAAGCGUUCUCCUGGUCCAUCACAAGCACAACAAGAAGUAGUGGGCGUAAAUUGCAGAAAUUCAGGUUGUGUGUCGAGGCAGUUUUCUCUAGUGAGAAGAGCAGAUUGCCCAGGGAGGUGGUGGAGUUUGGCAUCGGAGGUCUUCAGAGCCAGGCUGGGCAAAGGUAUCUCUGGACUGUCACAGGUAUAGUUGAUUCUCCCGUGGUGCUGAGACUAGGUGACCACUUGAAGUCCCUCCCCACCAUAUUUUUUUAAUGAUUUAUAUGAAAUAUAGUAUUCUGGGAUUUGUGUUCAGACCAAUCCUGAGCUGGUUCAUAAACUGCUCCAUUCCCCCCUCCCUCCUCCUCCAUUGACGGGCCCCACGGAGGCUUGCCAGUGCUCUGGGCACCGCGUGCUCCCCUCUUUGCUCUGUGGCCGGAGUCGAGCAAACUCCGCAUGGGUGCAUCCGUGACUGUGGGCGUGUGGAUGGAGCCCGUGGGCUUGAAGCCGAAGGAGAGAAGCUGGCAUGCGGUAUGGUGCUGAAGAAACUUGGCCAAUACAUGCCACCCUGUACAGGAAUCCACCGCCUGCAGAGCAGCCGUGGGACUCGUACCCAGCCAACACCAACCUGCCGCUUGGGCUUCCCUUCAUCAGUCACAGGAAUAAUGUUACUAUGGCAAGGGAAUUUUUUUAAAACCUGAUACAUAGAAUACGUAUAUAUAUUUACACAUUUUUAUUGAAAGUUGAAGUUUUAUUACAGAAACUCGGUCUAGGGUCAGGGAAGUAGAUUUAGAGUCUCCAUAGAGGUAAGAUUGACAGGAAUGUUAUUUCUUUUUACUGCUUAAUGAAGUAUGUGAACUAAAUCUGACGAUUGUUUUCCACUAUAAGAUAUUCUGGGACACGGGUCUUUUAACAGUAGCAGCAAUGUCAUGUAUGUUUUAUGAAACUGAUUUUUUUUGUUUUGCCUGCUGUUUUUUAAUUGAAAAUGUAUUUUAAACCAAGCUAUUAAAUUUUAUAUGUUCAU